GCAUUCUAUGUAUCGGAUGCGGACGAGCCAUUCGUGCCAGUCUCGUUGGCGUGGGGCAAGGGAGAGGGUCUACCGAAUGAAGAGGAGAUCGCCAAGCUAGUCGAGCACUGGAAUCCUGCGAGUGCUGAGGUCGAGAUCAUGGAUCCGGUAGACUGGGACAAGAACGGGCAGUACAAGGACAUUAUCGACGCCGUGACGAAAGCUGGGAAGGGAAAUGACGUGCGGGUAUACAGAAUUGCCAAGGACAAGUCGAGAGCAGAGUACUUUGUGGUGACUAGGCAGGGAGACGGCAAGAGUGCAAGGCUCGUGGGCGUCAAGGCACUGGCAGUUGAGAGCUAA